CCUCAAAAGAUAACAACAAACAUGGGUGGUGCGCUAGUGUGUUAAGUUGUACGUACCAGUGGCAGCAGUAGUGCUGUAAACUCUUCUGUGAGUACCAUAGCACUCUCAUCACUCAUCACAACACUACAACUGUAAACCCAACGCAACACAACCAACCGAAUCAAACUGACGACAACAACAACUGGAACUACACUUUGUUUCAAAGAGAAAGUUUUAAAUAUAAGCGCGCCUUUCUUCGCAUUGAAACAAAAAUGUACCUACAAAUGCAUACACAACAACAACAACCACAACAUCAUAGUACGAUAUGGCAAAGGACAACAAAACCAUGGAGGCAUACACUUUGGCUUUGCCUUGCUUGCAUUACUAGAAAUGGUAGUUCACAUAGACACGCGGCCCAGGAUUUAGUUAAGAAAAAUCGAUCAUUUAGCAGCAUUAAGUGGAUAAUGAUGAUGAUGAUGGUGGUGACAAUGGCCGCCGGCGGCGAUGGUGUUCGUGGUGGUGUUGCCAAUGUUGUCUUAGCCAAGAUAAAGGACAUUAAGAAAAUCUAUACACUGGGGUAUAAAGGAAACAAGGGAAACAAUAGCCCAUAAAAGGUACAUUGAUCAGAAGUUGCUGGUUGACUACUGUAGAUGCUUUAGUCAACAAAAUUUGCUUAAGGCUAACAACCACGCCUCUUUUUCCAGCACCCAACACACCAUGACGAAAAUUCCCUAAUGACAAUGUGUUAUAACCCUGAGAGCGAGUAUCAACGGGACUUGUGAUGAGAUGCUUAACAAUGCGCUAUUGAAUGAAAUUUCCAAAAAAAACACACACAAAAAUCUCCAUUGUCCUUGUCAUCGGUGCCUGGAUCUCUUCCCAACUGAGAAUCGAUAAAGGAAUGCAAGCAAAACAAAUAACAAGUUCUCCUCCCCACACCAAACGAAACGAAUGCAGUUGAGUGCAGCCAAAAAUCCAUGAAAGCAGGAGCACAUCCUUUCACAAAAUUUGUAUGCCCAAAAAUGCAUUGUUGUGCAUUGAAAAGCCAAAGAAAGGCAGUGAGAGAGAAAGAGAGGCCAAAUGCCAUGGCAGCAUAACUGGGAAACGCAUGGGUGGCCAAUAAUCAAUUGGUGCAACAUUCAAAAAUUGACUAAGCCCUCUUCGCCCACUGCUAUCGGGGGAAAAAACAGAAAAAACUGGUACUGGUUAAAUGUGGAAUCCAAUUAUUGCUACAUGUACACGAAAAUUGUGAAGCUAGAAAAGCAUGCAUGAAAAUUUCCCGCAAGAUGCUUAAAGACGUAAUCUAGUAAUUCACUUAAAAUGGUAGACCAUCAAAAAAAUUGGUAAAAUGUUGAAACAAAAAAUAAAAAAAGUAAUUUUUAACA